ACGGUCGGUACUAAGCCAAUUUGCUUCUUGUCCUUGGAUUCUGAGAAAAUUUCCUUUUGUGUUUCUUUCGACUGUGAAAAUGGAUCCAUCUUCAGUUCUGUUUAACCAGCUUAAGUCAGCAAAUCCAUUCUUCUUGCUAGCGGGUCCAAAUGUGAUUGAAUCUGAGGAGCACGUUCUACGGAUGGCUAAGCACAUAAAGAGUAUCACAUCAAAGGUUGGAAUACCAUUGGUUUUCAAGUCAAGCUUUGACAAAGCCAAUCGGACAUCAUCCAAAUCAUUUCGCGGCCCGGGCAUGAUUGAAGGAUUGAAGAUACUUGAGAAGGUCAAAAUAGCCUAUGACAUGCCUAUUGUGACAGAUGUGCAUGAGGCUAUCCAGUGUGAACCAGUUGGCAGGGUUGCAGAUGUUAUUCAGAUACCAGCAUUCUUAUGUCGUCAAACAGAUCUUCUAGUGGCAGCAGCCAAAACUGGAAAAAUUGUCAACAUCAAGAAAGGCCAGUUCUGUGCUCCUUCUGUCAUGACAAAUUCAGCUGAGAAAAUUAGAUUGGCUGGAAAUCCAAAUGUGAUGGUUUGUGAGAGAGGAACUAUGUUUGGUUACAAUGAUUUGAUUGUUGAUCCACGAAACCUGGAGUGGAUGAGAGAAGCCAAUUGUCCUGUUGUAGCUGAUAUCACACAUUCAUUACAACAGCCUGCUGGGAAAAAGUUGGAAGGUGGAGGGGUUGCAAGUGGAGGCCUUCGAGAAUUGAUACCAUGCAUUGGAAGGACGGCAGUUGCUGUUGGAGUGGACGGGAUUUUCAUGGAGGUACAUGAUGAUCCCCUGAAUGCACCUGUUGAUGGUCCAACACAGUGGCCUUUGCGCCAUUUGGAGGAGCUGCUGGAAGAACUUGUAGCUAUCUCUCAGUAGAUGAUGUGCAAUUCAUGAACUCAAAUAGGAGAGAGAAAUGGGGAAAAAGGGAGAAAAAACGGUGUCUAGAGAAAGAAAGGAGCAGAGAGAUGUGAGGGAGUGUAAGGAUAGCAAUUUUGAAAAAAUAUUAUAAAUUCAUCAAAUGGUUGGACUUCCAAAAUUAAGGUUUGGUCUGUGAUGGCGUAUCUUGCUUGCCCUGCUUUCUAUUGGAUGAUUGAAUUAUAUGUGAAAUCAGUCAAUUUUAACAAUCAUUUACAUAAAUCACUUCGUUAUGGGUUAGAAACUUGUCAAAAUGAUUAGAUUUCAGCUAUGCUUUCUUUGAAAUUUGUGACCGUGCAGAUAUCUUGCCUGCCCUGUUUUUGAUGAAUGAAUAUUUUUCCUGAUUAAUUAGAAGAACAAUUGCUAUUAA